GUCAAUUGUCGCUUAUGUAAUCAUCAGCUGUUGACGUCUUGGUCAACUUCACCUCAAGAUCUCUGUCGUCGUCUCUCCCGUGCCAGGAUCGCACAGCGCUAACAACCUUACGUGAGAUCACCCGCCGGUGUCUCCAUGCUGCUCACACCGACUGGCGAUUCCAAGACCCAUUCUGUCGUGUUGCUCCAGUCAUGACGCUGUGCUGACGGGCCUCGUGUGAAACUCUGCUGGAUCGAGAGCUUUGAUCAUUGAGCCGCAUAUCUCCCGGUCUCUGAGCCUCUCGUUGAGCGUCGUGGUUCUGGCUCCCCGGCUCAACCUGCGAGCAUCCCGCCCUGCCUCCUCAUUGCUGAAUCGUCUCAUGGCACCCAAGACAGUGUGUAUCGUCGGCGCAGGCCCCUCGGGUCUUGUGGCCGCCAAGACCCUUCUCCACCACGCCCCCGGCUCCGACCCCGGCUUCUCCGUCACCGUCUACGACGCCCAGCCCCGGAUCGGCGGUCUCUGGCCCGUCGACAAGGCCGAUGGCGCAGGUCUCGUGCACCCGCUCAUGGUGCUCAACCAGAGCCGCAACACCGUGCAGUUCAGCGAUCUAGCCUGGGACAGCAGGGCGCCGCAGCUCCCGAGGGCGUGGCAGGUCGGGAGGUACCUGCAGAGGUACCUGAGGAGGUACUGCGCCUUUGAGGAGGAUCGUUUCCGGCUGAGGCUGGGGUGGAAGGUGGAGAAGGCGCUGCCCCUGGACCAGGAGCCUGGGAGGAGAUGGCGCGUGACUGCGAGGUCGGAGGACGGGGUCGUUGAUGAGAACGAGUACGACUACCUCCUCAUCGCCUCUGGCUUCUUCGGGAAACCCGCUACGCCUCAGGUCUCAGGGCUGAGAGAAGCGCAUGGGAUCCCCGUGGUUCACAGCAGCCAGUAUCGCGACCUCGAGACCCUGCUGCCGGGUGCGUCCGGGGACGGCGGCAAGAUCCUCGUGGUCGGUGGGCAGAUGUCUGGCGUUGAGAUCGCAGGCACCAUCGGCUCACAUCUCUCUUCUGCGGUCAACUCUGCAGGCCCAAGGCGCAUCCCCGGGAUCGAGAAGUACAAGAUACAUCACGUUAUCCAACGGCCGGUCUGGGUUUUCCCGCUCUACACAACCCCUGUUGUCACCAGCCCUGCGGCGCCAUUCCUACCCCUCGACCUCUCUUCAUACAACCUGGCGAACCGAGCGCAGCCCAUCACAAACACCCAGGGCCAUAUCGGUGUGGAAGCGGCUCAGACGUUCAAUGGCAUCUACAAGAGCGUGCUUGGCACUGACCAGUCUGAAUUCUCGCCGCUCCUUGCUCACACAGAUGAAGACCUUGCCAGCCCACCCUACCUCACCGUCAGCGACUGGUACAUGGACUUUGUCCGCUCCGGUUUGAUUGAGCUUUCCAAGGGAAAGCUGUCCUCGAUCUCUGGGAACACUGCCACUAUUUCUCCAACGUCGUCCGAGAGCGACAGCACACAUCUCACCGAUGUCGCCGCCAUCGUCCUGGCCACCGGCUUCGAGGCAGCUCCUUCACUCGCAUUCCUCCCUCCAGAAAUCCAACAGAAGCUGGCAGUCGACCCCUCAAACCUCGACAAUACUGUCCUCCUCGCAUUCCACGGCACCCACCACCCCGAUGUCCCCAACCUGGGCUUCGUCGGCUUCUACCGCAGCCCGUACUGGGGCGUCAUGGAGAUGCAGGCGCGCUUCCUCACCGAGCUCUGGGCGCAGCAGCAGCAGCAACCAGGCGGGCGGCUCAGCCCCUCGAUGCAGCACGCCCUCGCGUCCGACACCUCCAUCCAGCGCUUCGCCGCCCUCCGCGGCGACGGCCGGGCCUCCCAGUUCCCGAUGGGCGACUACCCCUUCCUGAUGCACGACUUCGCCUCGGCGCUGGACCUCGGCAUCUUCAUGACGGCCGGCGAGACGCCGCCGCUGCCGCCGGCGGGCUUGCCGAUGGACAUCCUGACGCCCGCGCGCUACGCUAACAAGGGUCUGACGCCCGCGCAGCACGCUGAGGUGGAUAGGAGCUUGCGGCAGACGAACGACACCGCGGUCUCGGGGCUGGCUAAAGGCAAAUUUGUCGCCAGGGCCGUGUUCAGGUCGCUCCUGGGCGAGUGGCAGCUUGAGCGCGACCUCGUCUCCAGGCUGCCGUCGCACCCGAGCGGCCACUGGAGCGGGACGGCGCGGUUCCUCCUCCGGCGGGGCACCGCGGACGGGAGGAAGUGCGCAGCCGCCACCAAUGGUGGUGACCAAGCCCCUGCGCACAACGACGACGACGAGGUUGAUAAAGACGACGACGACGACGACGACCCCGGGAUGGAGUACCUCUACGUCGAGGAGGGCACGUUCACCGCGACCAACGGGAUGGCCUUCCGCGCGACGAGGCGGUACGUCUGGCGGUACGACGAGGCCGCCGACAAGCUGAGCGUGUGGUUCGCGCGCACCGGCGACGGGUUCGCGCGGGACGACCCGCGGCGCGGGGAGGAGCAGGCGAGGGCCGACUACCUGUUCCACGAGAUCGAGUUCCUCGUGCCCGAGGGCCACGCCCGUGGCGACUACUCUGGCGGCGGCGAAGGCGGCGAGGGGUGGCAGGCGCGGUCGGACCACCUCUGCGUCGAGGACUUUUACGACGUCAAGUAUGAGUUUGUGUUCAAUGCUGUGAACCUCAGGGAGUGGCGGAUUGGGUAUGCUGUUAGUGGGCCGCAGAAGGAUUAUACUAUUGAUGGUAUUUAUAGGCGGAAGUCUGCCGGUUCACCAUAGCUGUUGAUUGAUAGUGGGCUUCUCUUGUAAGUUGGCCAAGAUCAAUUGAUAUAUACUGCGUUGGGUUCAUCUCUUAUAAUAUAGCCCCCAAACAUCUCUUGUAUGACACUACUCUAUAGGUUUCCCAGCGGCCAAACACCCUUGGGUUGAUAUCUUGUGCGAUAACCCAUAUGGGCUCUAUUGUAACAUCACGCAACCCUUCUUUGAUGAUCUAGCAGUGGGCAUGUAUCGGACAGAAUUUCCAGCGUUAUUUAAAACAAAACCUUUUAAAACGAGCAGUAAUGACAGCAUCUACAUACACACCGAGGUUGGACAG